AAAGGAGGAGACAAUCGCCUUUCGAGAUUGCAACACGAACAUUUCCACACUUGUGUGGUUUGUCAACGGUCUAUUCUACUAGUCGUCGUAACCUAUGUUGAUAGUCUACCACCAACCCAAUUUCAUUCAUUUGGGCCCGUUGAGAGGCACAAGGGUUCUGUUGCUACAUACAAACGUUGCGUUGCAGGAAGAGGACCGCUCUUUUUUAAAAGCAGUGUCUCUUGACGCUUUUGUUCCGUGUUUUAAAAAAAAUGUAUGUCUGAUCUAUUCGUCUCUAGGGUGGGUGGUGUCACAGUAGUACUACAAUGAUCGAACGACCAGAAUCUGCAGUUGCCAGCAUUGCACAGAGGAAUCUGGAGGGGUAUGUGGGGUUCGCCAACCUCCCAAACCAGGUGUACAGGAAGUCAGUGAAGAGGGGCUUUGAGUUCACACUAAUGGUUGUUGGUGAGUCAGGAUUGGGGAAAUCCACGCUCAUCAACUCCCUCUUCCUGACUGACCUGUACUCCAAGGAUUACCCAGGGCCAUCCCUACGGAUCAAGAAGACUGUUCAGGUGGAGCAGUCCAGGGUUCUGGUGAAGGAAGGGGGUGUCCAACUCACUCUCACCAUCGUCGAUACACCAGGGUUCGGAGAUGCAGUGGAUAAUAGUAACUGCUGGCAGCCUGUCAUUAACUACAUUGACAGUAAGUGUGAGGACUUCCUGAAUGCGGAGUCCAGGGUGAACCGAAGACUGAUGCCAGACAACAGGGUUCACUGCUGCCUGUACUUCAUCGCCCCCUCUGGCCAUGGGCUAAAGCCCCUGGACAUUGAGUUUAUGAAGCGUCUCCAUGACAAGGUCAACGUGAUCCCUCUCAUCGCCAAGGCAGACACCCUGACACCUGAGGAAUGCCAGCUAUUCAAGAAACAGAUCAUGAAGGAAAUCCAAGAACACAAGAUCCAGAUCUACGAGUUUCCUGACAUAGAGGACGAUGAGGACAGCAAGCUUAUCCGGAAGAUCAAGGAGCGGAUGCCUCUGGCAGUGGUUGGCAGCAAUGUGGUGAUCGAAGUAAACGGCAAGAAGGUCAGAGGUCGUCAGUACCCCUGGGGCGUGGCAGAAGUGGAGAACGGGGAGCACUGUGACUUUACUGUCUUACGGAACAUGCUGAUCAGGACCCAUAUGCAAGAUCUGAAGGAUGUGACUAACAACGUCCACUAUGAGAACUACCGCAGCAGGAAGCUUGCUGCCGUCACCUGCAAUGGAGGAGUGGACACCAGCAAGACCAAGAACCAAAUGACCAGGAGCCCCCUGGCCCAGAUGGAGGAGGAGCGGAGGGAACAUGUCAUGAAGAUGAAGAAGAUGGAGACUGAGAUGGAGCAGGUGUUUGAGAUGAAGGUUAAGGAGAAGAAACAGAAACUGAAGGACUCUGAGGCCGAGCUGGAGCGACGCCACGAGCAGAUGAAAAAGAACUUGGAGGCUCAGUAUAAGGAACUGGAGGAGAAGAAGCGUCACCAUGAGGAAGAGAAGUCAAACUGGGAGGCACAGCAACGUAUACUGGAGCAGCAGAAACUUGACGCUUCUAAGACCAUGGAAAAGAACAAAAAGAAAGGGAAAAUAUUUUAAGAGUUGAACCUAUUCCUCCAAUGAAAUAUUACAAACUUGUUUUUACAUCCUUUUAGAUGGUCACACGAUCUGUAACCCGCAAACCACACACACACACACACACACACACACAUAUUGUACUAUAGUAGACAUUCCAUACCAACAUUCCAAAUGUAUGUUUCUCUUGUAGUACAUGUCAGACAUGGACCUCACACAUCACUAACUCACUCUCAUACAGUACAUACAAUACACCCCAAUUACUCACUCUCAUACAGUACAUACAAUACACCCCAAUUACUCACUCUCAUACAGUAUAUACAACACACCCCAAUUACUCACCCUCAUACAGUACAUACAAUACACCCCAAUUACUCACUCUCAUACAGUACAUACAAUACACCCCAAUUACUCACUCUCAUACAGUACAUGCAAUACACCCCAAUUACUCACCCUCAUACAGUACAUACAAUACACCCCAAUUACUCACUCUCAUACAGUAUAUACAACACACCCCAAUUACUCACUCUCAUACAGUAUAUACAACACACCCCAAUUACUCACCCUCAUACAGUACAUACAAUACACCCCAAUUACUCACUCUCAUACAACACACACACAGCCACAUCGCUCUCUUGGAGUCUCUUGCCAAAACCUUAACCUUUUAUGUGGGAAUGCAUGUGAAUGUGAAAGUCAAUGCCUAUUCUUGACAUGGAGGAAAUGAUGUCCCUCUGAUCUGAGUCUUACACAUGGCAGGCACCAUGCAUAGUCAUCCUUUACACAAGUGUACUACAGACUGUUUUCUAGAUGCUGCUCUGGCCACUUAACUCGCCUGUUUCUUCCAGUAGAGGCAGCUCAAGUCUUAGACUAUUCGCAAGCACACUCCAUUGUGACAUGUGUAAACACAUGAUCAUAUACAGUCUGAAAUUCCCCGAACACCUGGUACAUGUGCAUGUUAAACACCACACUUGGGAGUGUGUGUCCAGGGGGGGGGGGACAAUGUAGGUGGUCAUUAAGGGUUUGAGUCAGGUCAGAGAGUAUAAGAAAAAAAUAAAAUAAUUGUGUGGAAUGAUGACAGUGAAAAGCAAAGUCAAGAUGAAUAUGCCAGGUUCAGGAAAAGGGAUGACCUAUCUCAAGUGUGUGUGUGUGUGUGUGUGUGUGUGUGUGUGUGUGUGUGUGUGUGUGUGUGUGUGUGUGUGUGUGUGUGUGUGUGUGUGUGUGUGUGUGAGUGAACUAUGUGUUUGAGGUCCUAGAUAA